AUGUUAAACGACUUAAAGUUAUGUUUUCAGACCACACAACUAAGGGAACAGCUGAAGUCUCGUGGUCUUCCUGUUGGAGGUGCAAAGGCAGUCUUGGUUGAAAGGCUAACCGAAAGUUAUGUAAAUGAGGAAAAAAUCCUGAAUGCUGAUGUCAUUAAAGUAGGAUGUAAGGUUGAGAAAAUUAGGUGUUUUCUGUACCUCUUCAUUACAAUUGGUCACCGUUUGAAGGCCGCAGAAGCUGCUUGUGAAAUUCGUACUACUUGUGGAGAGGGUGCAAGAGUGAUUGAAGAAGCUUUUGCACGGAAGUUCGUUUUAAGGGACAAGGGAAUUGGCGGAGAGUAUGGGAUGCUUGUGCGCUACUGUGGAGAAGCAUCGUCAUUGAAGGGAGGAAGUCCGCAAGUGUGGAACGUGGGUUCGAACUUUAAAAGUACCCCGCAGUCGUCCAGAAAUUCUAAUGUUUGGGAAGAGAAGCAUCAUGAAAAGGAAUAUUUUUACAAUGAGGAUUUGGAUGUGUCUGUGAAUGAAGAGGAUGUCCUGGGCCCAGGGACUCCUAAUAAAAAGUCGAAGCAGUCGGAGGCCCCAGAAGCUUUGAACGCUACACCAGAAAACUCGUUGAAGGUUGAAGGAACAGUUGAGCAGGUGAAAAAGGAUGACGAUGAUGUUAAGAAACCUGUUGACCUCAAAAAAGUAAGAGCGGAACGGUUUGGUCUUCCGCCUUCAGAGGAAGAAAAGAAACAAAUCCGUGCUGAAAGGUUUGGUUUACUGGCUGAUACUUCUGGUUCGGGGGAUAGCGAGGAGGAGAAAAAACGUAAAAGAGCCGAAAGGUUUGGCUUAAAUGGGAAUUCGAAUAAUUCAGUUGGAGCUCCGAAACUUGCAGAGAGUGAAGAAAACAUUUUAAGAAAGCGAGCGGAAAGGUUUGGACUUCAACUGAAAGACGGUGCACAAGGCAGGAAGAACAAAAAUUUUGGUACGGUUGAUGCUCCGUCUGCUGAAAUUUUAGAGCGCAGAGCUAAACGGUUCGAGCAGAAAUUUUGCUUGCAUUCUGAUCUCAGAUUUUUGUACCUUUUUAUGACAUUUUGUGUUGUUCUUCGUGGUGUUAUGCGUCUUAUUUUGAAUUUGAGGGUCAUAGGCCUUAGUUAUUAUAAUAGGCUGAUGGAGGCUGGCUUUGGAGAUGAUUUCCAAGAAGUUGCAGUUUUACAGAGCAUUUAUGGCGAUGAUCUGAAAGUGGACCGAUCAAGCGAUGAGAAAGGCGCACUUUUAACCGUGGAAAUGAAAGUACAACCGCUGCAGAUUGGUAGCAGUUCAACGGCGAGCGUGCACGUAAAAUUUACUCUGAGUGCAGAAUCUUUUUUACAGUACCCUGUAAUUCCACCAAAAGUGCAUCUCCUUCAGCCUCGAGGCAUUGGUGACGAAAAUCUAGACGUUUUGAAGAAGAAUAUUGAAAAACAUUUAGAUGGCCAUCGUGGAGUUGAAGUCAUGUAUGAUCUUCUACAGGUAAGGUCACCCUUCACUAAGUUUACGCUAACGCAAACCUUUAUUGAAAACGUCCAGACUGCGCCAAGUACAAUUUGUCCUAUAUGUUUGGAAAAGUUUUUACCUGACACCUCUUCUAUAUGUACAUCUUGCGAGCAUUAUAUUCAUGCCAGUUGCUUUGCAAAAUAUCUAGAUUACAGCAGGAAUAAAAUAAAAGAAGAGCUGAAGGAAUGGCCUGAAGACAUGAAGUACAAGGUUGACCAGGUAUUAAGGUGUCCAGUUUGCCGAAUCGAGUUGGACGAUGCUGAUUCAUUACUUAAAACUGAUGACUACAGUAUUGGUGGUAGUGAUGUUGAUGAAAUUCCAGAAUUUUCCUUUGACUGGGAUAACUGGCGUAGGCUGCAACACGAACUUGAGACUAUUUAUGAACGACAGCGUCUCAAGGGUGGUAUUAUUGAUGUGGAAGAAGAAAAAAACAGGAAUUUAGUUACAGAAGAUACUGUACGUGUCGUAGCAGUGGCAAGAAGACUGACCGCACCGUUGUUGGCAGAAACAGGUGAUCAAUCAAAAGAGAUUCCAGCAUCGUGUCGUCGGGGAAUGCUAAGUAAUGAGAGAAGAUUUAGAGGAAGUCGAGCAAGGACCAGCAGUACAAGGAAAUUUAGUAGUGAUUUCAAAAACGAACGGGCAAAUAGCAGAUAUGAUUUUAGUGAACCAAAUAGAGGCUACAGAAGAGGUCGGUAUAGAAAUCCUAAUUUGUCGCAUUUUAAACGGAAUGAUAGGUCAUGUAAAUACCCUUUAUCGGAUGUCCCCAACGUUCAUCCUUCCUCAAGUCCAUCUUUUGAGUCAACAACCGAAAUUAAUAGCAGUGAACAAAGAGUAGGGGGCGGGGACGUAAAAAAGAGGAGAAUGAUCAGUUGUUCUUUUCCUUGUUUCAGUGGUUUGGUAACUGAGAUGUAUAAGGGAGAGCGAAGUAGGCGUAAAACUUCUUUGAACGAUUUUUUUCUGUACCAGUUAAGCGUUAUCACAGAGUGUGUCGUCUCUUUUCAUAAAGUCAAUUAACU